AUGAGUAUUGUGGGUUACGUGUACGAUGGUUCUUUUUACGAGAAGUGGGGCACCCCUCGACAGGGUCUAUGUUCCGGAGAAGCAAGCUAUGCUAGUAUCAAGUUGCUUGAGACUCUGGGCUGGGUGCCUAAUAGGGGUGAGGCAGUGUUGGUCUUGUUCUUAUUCCACCUGAAUACGAGUAAGGGCGCUAUUAUAGGUGGUCAGAACUUUGCCAAACUAAAUUCUCAAGUUACGGUGCCGAAACUGGUAGAGAAACGUGCCGUGUUCGCUACGAGAACCCCCCAUCGACCCAACCCUAUUGGACUGAGCAUCUGCUUUGUGGUUGAUGUUUGCCCAGGUGCUCUCCUGGUGUCUAAUGUGGACAUUGUUGUUGGUACUCCCAUUGUAGCCAUCUACCCAUAUCAAGUAGGCUACCAUAACCUACAAAACGCUCAUUUCCCCAAUUGGCUUACCAACGUACUCGACAACGUAACACCCAAUUUUGACGUCUGCGUCGAAUGUCUCUCCACCUGGACCAAAGCUAACCACACCAGGAAUGAGACCGACGUUCAAGCCAAGACCAACACUGACGACCAAACCAGUAACGAAAGUGGUAGUGCGAUCUCUGAGACUCUUAAACUUAUUUAUCAGACUAUGAAACAGGAUGCUCGCAGCGCAAGAUCUAAAACAGUACAUCCUAAUGGUACCUUCUGUCAUACGAUCAACGGCAAUCUCGUCGUCAUCUACCGCUACCGGGGAACGGACGCUGUAUGCAUCCUUGAUGUGGUCGACUGGAACGAUAGGGACCACGCAAUUCAGAUUUUCGGCUCUGCUGACUUGGCGGACAGAAUUUAUCAGGGAAGGACAUCUGGUAGAGCCCCUGAAGUUCUAGAUCGUAUCAAGACUCUACCACUCCGGUGCAGGCAUAAUUUAACCCCAUGA